GCCCACGUUGAAAGAUCCCUUUCUCUUCAUGGAUUCCUCGCUUGUGACCCCUUUUUUUCUACUAUUUCUAUUCUAUUCUCCCAAUCUCUUUCUUUAACGUGGGUGAUUGUGUGAUCUUUCACACCACAUGAAACUGGUGCUAAGGCUACAAAGGGUGGUUGUUUUUUUACCAGCUGCCAUGGACAAUUCUUCCUUUGAGGGUUUUGCAUUUGAUCCAUCUAAGUGCAGUAAAUUGAGUAUGGAGGAAAAGAGGGAAUUAGUUUAUGAAUUAUCAAAGCGGUCACAUGGUGCCCCUGAAAUGCUGCAAUCUUGGAGCCGUCAGGAGAUUUUGCAGAUAUUAUGUGCAGAGAUGGGAAAAGAAAGGAAGUAUACUGGACUGACAAAAUUAAAAAUAAUAGAAAACCUUCUGAAAAUUGUAUCUGAGAAGAAUUCAUUGGAGCAUGGAAGUACAUCUAAUCUUGAAAUGCAGCCUUCAUCAGAGAAUGGACAGAGGAGUUCCAAGAGGCAGAGGAAAGCUGAGCAUCCAAGUCGUUUUCCUAUUGAGGCUAAUAAUUCUUCAACAACAAAUGUUAAUGUUAGUUUAGACAAUGUUGUGUACUGCAAAAAUUUGGCUUGCAGAGCUAAAUUAAGUUGUGAAGAUGCAUUUUGCAAAAGGUGUUCAUGUUGUAUUUGCCGUAACUAUGAUGACAACAAGGACCCUAGUCUAUGGUUGAUUUGCAGCUCAGAGCCUCCUUUUCAAGGGGAUUCAUGUGGGAUGUCAUGCCACCUUGAGUGUGCCAUUAAGCAUGGAAAAUCUGGUAUUGCAACUGAUAAAUUAGAUGGGGGCAAUAAUGGAACCUUUUAUUGUGUAUCCUGUGGAAAAGCUAAUGAUCUACUCAGUUCUUUGAAAAAACAACUUAUUACGGCAAGAGAUACCAGGCGCGUAGACAUAUUAUGCUAUAGGCUUUCGUUGAGCCAAAAAAUUUCAGUUGGCACCAAAAAUUGCCAAAAGCUGUGUGAAGUUCUUGAUGAAGCUGUAAAGAAGCUUGAAGCGGAUGUAGGCCCUCUGACUGGUUUGCCUGUGAAGAUGGCUAGAGGUAUUGUGAACAGGCUCUCAUUUGGCCCAGCUGUUCAGCAACUUUGUGGCUUGGCUAUUGAGUACAUAGAUGCCCUGCUCUCUGAGAGAGUGUCCCAAAUGCCGUCUAAUGCUAAGAUCCAAGAUUGCAAAGUGACGGCAUCAAAACUUGUCAGAUUUGAAGAUGUCUUUGCCUCAUCUGUGACUGUUGUUUUGAGU